UAACGACAAUUAUAUUGAUUAUUGAUUGCCGUAUUACACAACAAUCGGUGUCAAACAAUUCCGGUGCUGACAAUAAUAGUGUUACCAAUAGUGGUGGUGACGGUAGUAGUAGUAGUAGUAAUGGUAGUAGUGUCCGGUGGACUACAAAGUGUCCCUGUCGUCAGUGCGAUACUGAUGGCCAUAAUAGGACACGUGUUAUAUGCGAUGAGGGCGACCGUCAAGAGAUACCCACCCGUCAAAUGGAUAAGCGGGCAAAUAUAUUAAUCUUUACGGCACCGCCUGAACAUCAAAAUCAGGUAACAAUUGGUAGGAUAUUCCUCGAGUUUCAAUCGCUACAAGAAAUAUACAUUACCUAUAGUAAUGUACCAGCAAUUGGUGACUCUAGCUUUUGGCCGGGCCGUCAGGUACAGCUACUGGACCUUAGUUUCAACAAUAUUACUAUACUCAGAGAUCACGACUUCAAAGGAUUGACUAAUUUAGUGGCACUUAAUCUCAACGAUAAUAGUCUUGAAGCUGCGCCAUCGGCACCGUUCCGUUUCCUAACAAAUCUCACGCGACUGAGUCUGGCCCGCAAUCGACUGACCAAACUGGUGCCGCGACUCUUCUACCGAUUGGACAAACUAGAGUUCCUCGACCUGUCCGGCAAUCCGCUUAUGGACAUUGAACCGGAAGAUUUCAAAGAUCUCAAACCGUUGAGACAGUUAUAUUUGGUUGGCUGUCAACUGUCGAAAUUUCAUUCACUAAUAUACCAGAGUUUGCCAAAUCUCGAGGAACUGGACCUAAAGGACAACCGGUUCGAUGCGUUAUCUGCUUACGAGUUUCGCUAUCUGAAGAAACUGAAAAAUCUUUAUUUGGAUGGCAAUCAAUUGACAUUUCUCGACUCCAAUACUUUCAAUGGUCUUCAGCUCAGAAGGUUGUCGCUGUCGCACAACCAGAUCAUGACACUGAAGGCCUGUGCGUUCUGUAAUACGACUGUCCGCGAACUGGAUAUAUCGCACAACAAGUUUCUAUCGUUUCCCGACAACGUCUUGGAAUCGUUGGCCACUUCGCUGGUCUCACUGAACGCACAGAACAAUCACGAUAUGCACGACCCGUCGGUCAGCGUUGCAAAUCUGGUCCGACCGUUGAAGUCGAUCCGUGCGCUGACACUCAGCUCAAUGAACAUCGACGACAGUCUACCGGCCAAUACUUUUCUCAACCAAAGAGACACACUGUUGACCAUCGAUCUGAGCGGUAAUAAGUUUGUCAAUAUUAGCGAAAAACUGUUUGAAGGACUCAAACACUUGGAAUCGCUAGACUUGUCCGCCAAUCUUAUGUUUGGUCUGUCGGAACCGGUAAUAGAAACGCUCAACAGUUUGACCGGACUGUCGACUAUUUAUUUGGACGGCAAUCCGUGGUCGUGUUUCCGCUGUCACGUAAUGCCUCUACUCGAUUGGCUACACGACUCUACAGCCUAUACCAAUGCCUGCGAACGGGACGACCGAAAAUCUUGUGCCAAAUGUGUUCAUCCCGUCGAUCUGAACGGUCGAUCUAUACAUACUAUGGAAGAGUGGGAUUUAGAAUGGUGUGCCGACCCAACCAUACAGCUUCGUAUGUCAACCUCAGAGCCCAACGUUGGCCUUGUAUUAGCCCUAUUAAUCAUCAUAUCGUUGGUCAUUGUAAUCAUUGCGGUGAUAAUACUUUACCAAAAACAGGGAGCCGUCUACUAUACCCAUGAAGACGAACGUUACGACGACAAGACAGUGUUCAAUGUGUCGGAAGCGGUCCAGCGAUUCGCCAACGCCACCCGUACGCCACCACUGUCUCCCGGCUCACCAUCGGGAUCGAUACGAUCGUCGGCCAGCAGCCGAUCAUCGGCCAGUGGAGGCACUCGUACGCGAGCCGAUUCUCCUCACUCAUCGCAACAGACACAGCCAUCACUACCCGCCACUCCCAGUCCUACCCAUACGUCGUCCACGUCAUCGACUACGACACCCACCCAUUCAUCAGCUGCUGCCGGUGCCCAGUCAUCUGCGGCCGGCCAGUCAUCGCCUGCCCUAUCAUCACAAGCCUCGUCAUCGGCCGCGCAAUCAUUGUCUACGCGACCAAAAAUUGUUAUUUAG